UAUUUUGCAUCGGGUCUGGUGUUCUUGUUUUAGGUUGGGUUGAGCUCCGUUGUCCGUCGGUUGUCUAGGUUUUCAUCGUCGUUCUCAUAUUAUCUGUGCUGGAAGGUGUGUAUGGCUUCCGAUCUGUGCAUCGAAAGGAAGGAUUCCAAAUGGGAGAUUAGUGAUUCACCGGCAAAGAAGCAAAGGUGCGAGGAUUACGGUUCACCACCACCGCUUUGUUCAUCAGCAGAAGAAGAAAAAGAAAAAGAAAAAGAAAAAGAAAAAGAAAAAGAAAAAGAAGACCCUAGAUCAAAAAUUGUAGUCUAUAACUACGAUGAUUCAGAUGUGGAAGACGACAGUGAUGGAAUGCAUGAGUUUACUGAAAGGGAAUACCAAGAACAUCAUCGACAGAUGACUGAAAGCGAUGGCUUUGAUGUGAUGUCGUUCCCACGCUCCUUUGCUUGCGGUACAACAACCCCUCUUUCUAAUUUCAAUGAGAUUGCCGACGACGUCAAAGCUUUUUCCGAAUUGGCUCUUAAGGAAUACAAUGAGAAAGAGCAUACGAAUUUGGAGUUUGUGAAGGUUGUCAAGGUAAACGAAGCGGUUGUUGCUGGUUUUUUGUAUUAUAUUACCUUUGAUGUCAGGGAUGCUGCUGCGGUUGAUGGUGGAACUAUGGAAUUUCAAGCUUGUGUCUGGGAUGGGAUUGCCCACACUGAAGUACUCAUUUCUAGGCUGAAAACUAGCACAUAAUCGAGGAAGCAACUGUACAUUAAGUGGGGGUGCAAAUGGAGGCUUUUACAAAGGAGAAGGCUGGACUGGAAGUGCUGGGACAAGGUUCUUGGUGUGAAUCUUUUAAAGAAUAAUGGGAGGUAAGAAAGCAAAUCAAAGAGGAAUGAUGAGGGAGGUGAGGGAGGAGGAUGGACAUUGCAGGGGGAAGAUGAAGACAAUGAUUAAAUUUGACUUGAUUAAAUUUUUUUCAGCCUAUUCUCUUAACAAGUGCGUGUUUCACAAUAUCUAUUUGUAUGGAUGGAAAAUGUAAUGGUAGCACUUUAGUACCAAAAUCACAUGGAUGGUAUUUGGCUAUUUUUAAAAGGCGAGAUAAAGUGCUCUCGGCCAUGCCACAUGGGGUAAAAUGGAUUGUGUCGAAAACAAUAUUCUUAACGGAAUUAAAGCUCUCAAACUAACCUUGUUUUUUU